UGUUUGUAACUUUCUAAGUCUGUAAUCAGUUAAUAUAAAGUUAUGUUUUUCAGGCUGAACGGGAGUUUCUGAAAAGGAACACUUGUAAUUUUAUAUCGUGCUACAUUAUCGAAUCUUCUGCUGAUUUGCAAAAUUUUUAAGGGUAUUUAUUAGGUUGUUUUCAAAUCAGCGAAUCAGGCUGAAAGUGAUAUCAAAAGGAUAAGCAAGUUAAUUUGACCUUGGCCGCAAAAACAGGUACUGUCUGAGUUGCUUUGACCUUCGCAACAAAUCCAAUUCACAAUUUCGCAGCAACGCUAACCGAGCACCGUAUAAUUGUUAUCACCAAGUUGUGUCGGAGGACUUUUUUUAUUACUGGGAUUGUUCAACUAAGCUUGCGUUUUCUGGCGAUGGCUCGCCUUAAGUUAUACCUAAUUUGUAUACUGGGUUUGUUUCCUGCCGAACUCCUCGUUGAGGCUGAAGCUGAAAAUGUAACUGAUAUAGAUGUCGAGGCGAAGAAACUGCAAAUUUUGAGGACUAGGAGGAAAUUGGAACUCGAAGGGAAAAGCGAACUCCUGAAGAAAUCUCUUUCCGGCACUGACUUGACCGUGAGAGCUGGUCCUCCCAACCAAAGUCCGUGCAGCUCCUCGGAGUACACGUGCUCUUCGGGAGUCAUCUGUAUCAGCAUUGGCAGCCUCUGCGACUCAAGGUCCGAUUGUGGCGACAAGUCGGACGAGUCUGACUGUUUCGUCUACCCAGAGAAGCCGACACCAGAAGACAAGUGCCGACCCACUCAAUUCAGAUGUGCGGAUAAUAAAGGCUGUAUCGACACAAAGUACAGGUGUGACAAUAUCCCAGACUGUCUGGAUCGAUCAGAUGAAGAUGGAUGUGUUGUUCCUCCGACCAUCUGCACUUCAGGAGCAUUUCAGUGCAACUCAGGUAAAUGCAUUCCUGACUCAAGUUUUUGUGAUGGAUACAACGAUUGCGAAGACGGAUUUGAUGAAUUGUUUUGCAAGAAGCCGCCUACAUGUUGGGAAAAUGAGUAUACUUGUGCUAACGGCCAGUGCGUUUCUGCGAGUUGUGUAUGCAACGGAGUACGAGAUUGCGACGAUGGUUCUGACGAAGGUCGAUAUUGUUCCACGGUUCGUCCGCCUCCAAUCCAACGAUGUGGGCAGAACGAAUACACAUGUUCCAAUGGCCAGUGCGUUUCUGAGAGUUGUGUAUGCAAUGGAGUACUAGAUUGCGACGAUGGUUCUGACGAAGGUCGAUAUUGCUCCACGGUUCGUCCGCCUCCAAUCCAACGAUGUCGGCAGAACGAAUACACUUGUUCCAAUGGCCAGUGCGUUUCUGAGAGUUGUGUAUGCAAUGGAGUACUAGAUUGCGACGAUGGUUCUGACGAAGGUCGAUAUUGCUCCACGGUUCGUCCGCCUCCAAUCCAACGAUGUCGUCAGUACGAAUACACUUGUUCCAAUGGUCAGUGCGUUUCUGAGAGUUGUUUAUGCAACGGAGUAAGAGAUUGCGAUGAUGGUUCUGAUGAAGGUCGAUAUUGCUCCACGGUUCGUCCGCCUCCAAUCCAACGAUGUCGGCAGAACGAAUACACAUGUUCCAAUGGUCAGUGCGUUUCUGAGAGUUGUUUAUGCAACGGAGUAAGAGAUUGCGAUGAUGGUUCUGAUGAAGGUCGAUAUUGCUCCACGGUUCGUCCGCCUCCAAUCCAACGAUGUCGGCAGAACGAAUACACAUGUUCCAAUGGUCAGUGCGUUUCUGAGAGUUGUUUAUGCAACGGAGUAAGAGAUUGCGAUGAUGGUUCUGAUGAAGGUCGAUAUUGCUCCACGGUUCGUCCGCCUCCAAUCCAACGAUGUCGGCAGAACGAAUACACUUGUUCCAAUGGUCAGUGCGUUUCUGAGAGUUGUGUAUGCAACGGAGUACAAGAUUGCCACGAUGGUUCUGACGAAGGAAGAUUCUGCCCUACGAUCCCACCACCUACGAUUAAACAGUGUCGCCUUAAUGAGUUCAUGUGUGGUAAAAGUCGGCUCUGCAUUCCCGCAGACCUGGUUUGCAACAAGUAUCCCGAUUGCCCUGAUAGCGAGGACGAAGGUUCCUUUUGCCGACCUUUACCCACACCGAAACCUAUCAAACUAUGUGCCGACAAUGAGUAUACAUGUUCGAAUGGAUUUUGUAUUCCGAUGCGAUUACUAUGCGAUGGGAAACCAGAUUGUGUUUCUGGUGACGACGAGGGUUCGUUUUGCCCAACCAAGCCACCUCCCCCUCGACCCAAGCAAUGUGAGCUCGGAGAGUUCAUGUGUUUCCGUGAUGGGGUAUGCAUUCAGGAAUAUUAUGUUUGUGAUGGAAAACCCGACUGUUUUGACUCAUCUGAUGAAGGUCAGUUCUGUACGCCUUUGAAACCACCGCCACCUCCCCCGCCUCCUUGUUUCGAAAAUGAGUUCACAUGUGACGACAACAAUUGCAUUCCGAUGACAGAUGUAUGCGAUGGGAGAGUCCAGUGUCGAAACGGCGAAGAUGAAGCCAAGUUUUGUCCGACAGCGCCUCCUGUGCCAACGACACCCUUGUGUGGACCUCAACAAUUUAUGUGCGGAGAUGGACAAUGUAUCCCGAAUAGCAAAGUGUGCAACGGCUAUCCUGACUGUCCGUCGGGCAAAGAUGAAGGGCAGUUCUGCACCCCAUUGCCGCCGUUGCCGCCCCCGAAACCAACUUGUCCGGCGCACCAAUUCACUUGUGGAGAUAAAACAUGCAUUGAUAUGAGGUAUGUUUGUGAUGGUUAUACACACUGUUCGAGGGGAGAAGAUGAAGCUGAAUUCUGCCCAACUUCACCUCCGAUCCCACCUCCGAAAAUCUGCGCGUCCAACCAGUUUAAAUGUCAAGAUGGAAGCUGCAUUCCCACAUCCAAAGUUUGCGACGGAUAUCCCUCGUGUCCAUAUGGCGAGGACGAAGGCGAUUUUUGCAAACCCCUUCCACCUCUUCCUCCUCCCCGGCCCAUCUGCUCUAACCAAUUUGCUUGCCCCGAUAAGUCCUGUAUACCCUACAGUUGCCUUUGCAAUGGUAAAGCCGAUUGUCUCGGAGGCGCAGACGAGGGUCCUUUUUGUCCUCCGUCGCCAAAAGAACCACGGGAACCGGUCUGCGGGAUCUCGGAGUUCAUGUGCGAAGAUGGAUAUUGCGUUUCGGAGAGAGUAGUUUGCGAUGGAAACUGGAAUUGCAGAUCGGGUGAGGAUGAAGGGUCUUUCUGCAGGACCGAUCGACCCUUGCCCCCGAUUCCCCCUCCUUGCAGACGUGACGAAUUCGUCUGUCACGACCAAACGUGCAUCCCGACUUCAAAAGUGUGCGACAGGAAAACAGACUGUUGGCAAGGCGAGGACGAAGGGCCGUUUUGCCCAGAAGGUGUGAAACCCCCGACAGCGAGAUGUGGUAAAGGUCAGUUCAUGUGUCACGAUGGAAAAUGUAUUCCAGAAUACGCGGUUUGUGACGGUAAAGUUCAAUGCAAAAUGGGCGAGGAUGAAGGUAGAUUUUGCACAGUGAACCCUAUUUUGCCGCCAGAAAUUUGCGGCUCAACUGAGUUUGUUUGCCUGGAUGGAACUUGCUUGCCAGAUUCGAAAGUUUGCAACGGUAGACGUGAUUGCUCACAAGGGGAAGACGAAGGCAAUUUCUGCAGCAAAAAAUGUGCUCAAAAUCAGUUCCAGUGCAGGGAUGGCUCUUGCAUUAAGGAAACUUGUGUUUGCGACGGAUUCUGGAAUUGCCCGGACGGCGAUGAUGAAAAUGGCAACUGUCCCGAUAAUUCUGGAAAGAGUGGCAAGGGUUCCGGAAACAAGGGGGGAAGUCGAGGAAGUGGCACGGGCGGAAGUGGAACGGGAGGAAGUGGAACAGGCGGAAGUGGCGGAGGAUCCCUUCAAAUUUUUGUGAUGCCUGCUAAUGGAGGUCAAAUGCCAACACAAUCUAGCAAUAGUUUGAGCACUGUAAAUAUAACGCACGAGUUAACAUCAAUACUUAACAUGAUUAAAAAUGAGGCUAGUGAUAACAGCAGAAAACCAGCAGCAGUUCCUAGUGGAAGGGAGUCGAAUGAAAAGGCAGGAUGGUCUAAAGAAAAAACAGAAACCGCUGGAAGAACGAAGACUAGCGGAGGCCGCCAUGUGGUGUCAACUCGCCAAUGCACUUUUGGAGUGGAGUUUGCAUGUGGAAGUGGCGAGUGUAUUCGUAUAGAUGACGUGUGCAAUAGAGAAAGAGAUUGUUCGGAUGGUUCGGACGAGGGAGUUACUUUGUGCACGAAGCCCAGUGGAGGUGGCGACAAGAAGGUAGAACUGGAUUGCAGAGAAUACACAUGUACAGACUUCUCAUGCUGCAUAUCUUUUGACCAGAUCUGUGACGGGUAUUCGAACUGUGCCAAUUCUGAAGAUGAGCUGUUUUGCACCGGGGUCAGUGGGGGAGCUGAUACUGGGUCUCAAGUACCUGGAGGUGCUGGUGGCGUUGGUCCAGGACCCUUGAGGGAAACACCGUGUCCUGUGGAUAGGAGUACUGGAAAAAAUCAGUUUGCUUGCAUCCAGACUGGGGAGUGCAUUGCCAACAGGUUGGUAUGCGAUAAAACAGUGGAUUGCCUCGACGGAUCCGAUGAAGCUGGCUGCAACUACUUCGAAGGUCAGGAGCCAUGGCUAGCGUCACAAUCAAACACGGGUGGCAACACACCUGGACAUAUGAACCCUGGAAAUGUGAACUCUGGAUCCUGGAUGCCUGCUCGUACAGAAUCGGGAUCCGGAAGUUCUGUUGGUUGGCAGUCGGGAGUUCCGAUUAGAGGCGAAGAGUCCGAUUGUCCCCCCGGAGAAGCCAAAUGCGACUUAGAUGAUGCCAGGAGUAAUUGUGUUCCGAUGUACAAGUUCUGCGACCGGAAAAAAGACUGUCCAAACAAUGAAGAUGAAGUGAUUGAUAGGUGUAUGCUGUUGUCGCAAUAUUUACAUGAAGUCGAUUCUAAUUAUCCGGGAGGAAUGUAACUAAUCUGAAUAUGAAUGUGUAUUGAAUACAUCUACUAAUUAUAACAGUUCAAUUGAACAUUUGAUAAA